AUGGUACCAGACGACGGUUUGAAGGUCAUGUGGAUGAAUCAACUACCAGUACAAGUACGCACAGUUCUUUCUGUCAACAACGAGUCAUCGCUAGAUAUUCUCGCCGCCAUGGCCGACAAGAUGUUAGAGCACGCCGAGCCAGUCACCGUUGCUGCAGUCACACGAGCCACAGAUUUUCAAGCCCCGCAAAGCAGCGAAAACACAUUUUUUGAGAAGUUAUCCCAGAAGCUCGACAAUUUAACACUCGAAAUUGCAGCCCUUCGGUCCGGCGGCCGGCAACGCUAUCGCCGUCCCUUUCGCUCUCGCAGCCGUUCCCGUUCGAGAUCUAUGUCGGCGCAUGGAAAUUCACGCAAGCCCGGUGAUCCUGGAUGGCUGUGCAGAUAUCACUUCAGAUUCGGAGACAAAGCACGAAGAUGUGAAUCGCCGUGUAGCAAGAAGACUAGCUCAUCGGAAAACUAA